CUCGCCCAUAGAUCCGGCAUUUGAUCUGGUCGCGCAGGUCUGGUCUAGCUGACUUGGCGAGGGUCUCGCAGGCGCUGCGAGAUUUUGGCCUUGAGAGUCGCCUUGAAGUCGCCUUGAAGGGGCACAGACGGUCGACAUCAUAUGGCAUCAGUCGAAGGUGGUGCUCCUGUCAUCUCACCAGUGACAAGUGUCGUCUAUUGACGACAGCAAACGGCAUUGACUUGAAGUUCGGCACUGGAUAUCCGUUAUUUUAGCUUUUAACCGACUGUUAUGUCGCUUAUAAAGUCCAGUAGCUGGAUCCGGUUGGCAUCCGGACUCGACCUCCCAUCCUCAAAUCAGUUUUCGGCCUCAUCCAAUCAGCCGCCCGUCGCCGCCCCCAUGCUGCACCGUGUCCAAGCCCCGCUCCUGCGCCUUGCGCGCUCAUCCCGCGCCAUUCACAGCUCCGCCAUGCGCAUGAUGCCCGAGCACAUCGUCAAGGUGCCCUCGAUGGGCGACUCCAUCUCGGAGGGUACGGUCGUCGACCUCAAGAAGCAGAUCGGUCAGCACGUCGAGAUCGAUGAAGUCGUCAUGGUGCUCGAGACGGACAAGGUCUCGGUCGACGUCAUGAGCCCGGUCGCUGGCACGCUCGUCAAGCAGUUCGUCGAGCUCGACCAGGACGUCGAGGUCGGCCGUGACCUCUUUGUCAUUGACGGUGACGUCAAGGCCACGGUCGCCGCGUCGGCGCCGACGCCUGCUGCUGCGCCGGCUGCCACGCCGGCUCCAGUCGCGACGCCUGUCGCUGCGCCUGCUGCUACCCACCACCAUGACGGUGCCCGUGUCCCGCGCAUCAAGUUUUUGGGCAAGCGGUCAUUGCUCGCCCACCCGGCGCCCGCGGCCAAGUCGGCUGCGCCGUCGACGCUUGUCGUCGCGCCGUCGUCGAGCGCGGAUGUCCUGCCGUUUGGCAACUUGCCCUCGCAGUUUGCUCGCAAGCCCAUUUCCAAGAAGGAGAUCCACGCGAUCAACACCGCGGCGUCCUUCCUGUAAUUGUCUCGUCGCCGUGGCUGCCGUCAUCAGAAGGCUAAAGAUGUCGCCACGCGCGUGUUGAAUAGAAUGCACUCGUGUCUC